ACUCUGCAUACCAUACCUGAACUGACCACCUCCUACCGCGUCUGCGCCUGGCCACGACUUCCGUCCUUUCUUUCUUCCUUUCUCCCUUCAUUCCCUCAUUCCAUCAUUCCCUCCCUGUCUGCUUCCUUCCUUUUUUCCUUUGCAGUGCCACCUUGACACACUCACUGCCCACCUCCGACGAAUACAGACACAAGUCACCGCCGCCGCCGAAGCGAUCGAGAGCGCGAGCGCACGAGAUUAUACGCGCACAGGGCAGCAGGUCGAAAAAAAGGCAGCUUCCGCAAUAAUAAAACAGUAACAACACCACCUCUACACAUCAUCACAAUGGCCGAGAAGGAACGGCAGUCGGGCGAGCAGGAGCGGCCGACAGACGUCCUGCCCACUGUCAACCCCGAAGCAGAGACGAGCCAAACGCCCAAGGCCGGACUCCACCCCGCCUUCUACAUCGCGACCUGGAUCUCGCUCUCGUCGAGUGUCAUCAUCUUCAAUAAAUGGAUUCUCGACACCGCCGGCUUCAGAUAUCCCAUUGUGCUCACCACAUGGCAUCUGGCCUUCGCCACGCUGAUGACCCAGAUCCUGGCCCGCACCACACAUGUGCUGGACUCGCGGAAGAAGGUGCCCAUGACCGGGAAGAUCUACUUGCGCGCCAUUGUGCCCAUUGGUCUCAUGUUCUCCCUGUCGCUCAUUUGCGGUAACCUGACCUAUCUGUACCUCUCCGUCUCCUUCAUUCAGAUGCUCAAGGCCACCACUCCCGUCGCCGUUCUCAUCGCCUCCUGGAUCUUUGGUGUUGCGCCUGUCAACCUCAAGACCCUCGGGAACGUCUCAUUCAUUGUCAUUGGUGUCGUCAUUGCUUCGUAUGGAGAGAUCCAGUUCAACAUGACCGGUUUCCUCUACCAGGUCGGAGGCAUCGUGUUUGAGGCUACUCGCUUGGUCAUGGUCCAGCGUCUGCUGAGCAGUGCCGAAUUCAAGAUGGACCCUCUGGUCUCGCUCUACUACUUCGCCCCCGCUUGUGCCAUCAUGAACGGUCUGGUUGCCCUGGUUAUCGAGGUACCAAGAUUGACCCUUGCAGAAGUGGCGAAGGUGGGAUACUUCACUUUGGUCGUCAACGCCAUGAUUGCCUUCCUCUUGAACGUAUCUGUAGUGUUCCUGAUCGGCAAAACCUCGUCUCUCGUCAUGACUCUGUCUGGUGUUCUCAAGGAUAUCCUCCUCGUUGGUGCUUCCAUGAUGAUCUUCCGAGACCCUGUAUCUGGUCUACAGGCCUUCGGCUACUCCAUUGCUCUCGGCGGUCUGGUCUACUACAAGCUUGGGGCUGAUAAGCUCAAGGAGCACUUGGGUGGCGCACAACGCGCCUGGGCAGACUACGGUGUCAAGCACCCAGCACUUCGAAAGCUUAUCGUUUUCGGCCUCGUCCUCGUUACCAUCUUCCUCCUCCUCGGCGGCAUAUCGCAGAGCGGCUACGUCCCUGCCGGUUACGACGCCAAGAAUCUUGCGGGCGCAGCUUCAGACCGAUUGGGCUGGUAGGGCAGAAUAUUUGAAAUCCCAGAGACAAGAAUGAAGAGAGUGGCAUCGAGUCGCACACAGGUGCAGGAUAAUACAUGACUUGAAAGAGAGUCCAAGGAAGAACGAGUGAUGAUUAUACAAUAUCUAUGGCUUCGCAGGAGGAGCGACAAGGACAUUCUGGAGCAGGGCAGAACCUGGUCUUCCUCUGCGUCAAUUCGUUUUCUUUUGAUAGGGAUCAGGUCCAGAUAGCAGCUCACAAAGGGCAGUGCUGGUGGUGGAA